GAGGGUGGAAGUCUUUUGCGCGCCGGGUCUCCUUCCCGCAUAUUAUUUAUGCUUUGGACAAAAUCCUUUGCAGGCAACGAGACCCACGCCAAGAACGCGCUUUUUUAAAAGUACGCCGUGUUUGGCCACCUGCCUACUAGAGCUGGGCUGCAAAAAUCCAAAUGACCGCGAAACGGCAGCAAAUAGUUACAGCAAAGCCUGAGCCAUUUUCUGCUGCCCCGCCGUGUUGGUCUGGACUUCGGCAGCUGGGCUCUGACUGUGGCGAGGCAUCAUGUGAGAACUGGGCGGAGCUCCUUGUUUCUUACAGCUGUUGGCCCUUGAAAUAAUCGAAGCAGGAAGCAAGAGCCGGGAGGCUGUCUUGAAAGUAACAUCAGUGUACGAAAGAAUUUUGGCUGGUGGGUCCAGAAGAGAACAUUGUGGCCCCUCAAGGUGAAGUCUGCCGCCAUCCUCUUGGCCUUCCAAAAGGGCCUGAAUAUCUGGCUCUACCAAUUGGUUUGAGUUCCCAAUGGGGGUAUCUCACUUUGGCAGUGGUAAAUAGAUUAGAAGAUUGCACCUCUGCACCACUUACGCAUUAGUCCCUUUUAUCUAAUUCUUGUGCUGCCUGAAGAAAGGGAAUCCAGAGAAGUCAAGUCAGGCACUAAAAGCAGAAUGGAGACCUGGGAAGGGAUCCCCUACUCUGUCAGCAGUAAUACAACAGAUCUGACGAUUGGCUUUAUUUCUUCAGCAGUUGCUGUUGUCUUAUUUGGAUCAAACUUUGUACCGGUGAAGAAGUUUGACACUGGGGAUGGAAUGUUCUUCCAGUGGAUUCUUUGUGCUGCUAUCUGGAUUGUUUCUUUAAUUGUUAACCUGAUUCAGAACAGCCCUAGGUUUUGGCCUCUCGCUAUGGUUGGGGGCUUUUUAUGGGCUACAGGUAAUGUAACGGUUGUUCCUAUUGUUAAAACCAUUGGGUUAGGCCUUGGUCUUUUAAUCUGGGCUUCUUUUAACUUGCUAACUGGCUGGGCAAGUUCAAGAUUUGGUUGGUUUGGAAUUGACCCAGAAGAAGUCAGAAAACCGGUUCUGAAUUACAUCGGAGCAGCACUUUCAGUACUUAGCUGCAUCAUAUUUCUCUUCAUAAAAAGUGAGGUUCAAAACCCUUCACCAUCUUCAGAAAGCACUCCAUUAUUAAGAGAACAGUCUAUCAACACUUCUGAAUACAGAGUCGAAAACAGGAGUGACGUAUCUUGGGUGGACAACCUUUCUCCAUUAGGAAAAAGAAUGGUAGGCUGCUUUCUGGCUAUGAUAGCUGGGAUAUUCUAUGGCUCUAGUUUUGUACCUGUGUUUUACAUCAAGGACCACGGCAGAAGAAAUGGGACACUGUAUACAGGAGCCAGUCAAUUUGAUUUAGAUUAUGUAUUUGCCCACUUCAGUGGCAUCUUCCUUACGAGUACUGUCUACUUUCUGCUCUAUUGUGCAGCAAUGAAAAAUAACCCUAAGGUUUAUCCUGCAGCCAUAAUACCAGGAUUUAUUUCUGGCACAUUAUGGGCAAUAGCCAAUUGCUGCUGGUUUAUAGCAAACCACUAUCUCAGCGCUGUUGUGAGCUUCCCAAUAAUCACUGCUGGUCCUGGUUUUAUAGCUGCCGUGUGGGGAGUGCUGGUAUUUAAAGAAAUAAAGGGACUGAAAAACUAUCUGCUGCUCUUAAUAGCAUUCUGCAUCAUUUUGGCUGGAUCCCUUUCUACAGCUUUUUCUAAAGUAUGAAGAAACAUGUUUUGCUCCAGCAGAUGGCACCACUAGUUAAUACAUGUAAGACUUUCAAGAUUGCUUCUGAUCUUUGGAGGUAUCGCUUAUGUCUUUGUUCUCGCUAUAAGAACAAAAACUUCAUUAGGAAUAUUUUUUAAUGAAGAAUUUUCAUUGUGGUCUGUCUUCAUUGUUUAAAAUAAGAAAUCCAUUUUUAAUAAAGAAGCUUAAACUGGGACAGUUAACGAUAUAAAACAUUUUUCAGAAGUUUUGAUGCUGUAAUAUUUUUUUAUCUUGUGGGAAAAAUUUAAAAAAUGAAAAGAAAUAAAAUAUAUUUACCAUC